GCCAGCCUCCUGCCACAGAAAAUGAAGAGCUUGCUGGGUCAGAACGUGUCGGCCAAGAGCCCCUUCAUCUACUCGCCGGUCAUCGCACACAACCGCGGGGAAGAGUGCAACAAGAAGAUAGAUUUCCAGUGGGUUCAAGGGGACGUGUGUGAAGUCCAGCUGAUGGUGUACAACCCCAUGCUGUUUGAGGUUCGAGUGCAGAACAUGGGGCUGCUGACCAGUGGAGUGGAAUUCGAGUCGCGCCCCGCAGCACUCUCCCUUCCGGCCGAGUCUGGUCUGUACCUGGUGACGCUCGUAGGGGUCCCACAGACGACUGGAACGAUCACCGUGAACGAUCGGCACACUCAUUGCAGCCUUCCUCUGGUGACGAGAUAUCUACCAACGUGUCUAUGCAGCUGUUCAACGGGGAGACUCAUCAACUCAUCGUCACAUUAGAAAACAUUGGCCUGGAACCCCUGGAGACACUGCAGGUCACCUCCAAACUGCUCCCCACCAAGGGUAGGUGUGGUCAGUGCGUCAGACCUGGGAAGUUUGCGUUGUUGCCUUGCACAAGUGAUAU